GCGUAGGAUGGAAGCCUGUGCUUAUGCUGCUCUCGGAGCCACCUACAGACUUGUUCAAAAAUAUGACAAAGCCCUCGGCUACCACACCCAGGAGCUAGAGGUGUACCAAGAGCUUGGUGAUGUGUCAGGAGAGUGCAAAGCCCAUGGCCACUUAGCAGCUGUCUAUAUGGCUCUUGGAAAGUAUGCCAUGGCUUUCAAGAGCUAUGAGGAGCAGCUAGAACUAGGUCGAAGGUUAAAGGAUCCUGUUGUGGAGGCACAAGUUUAUGGAAACAUGGGCAUAACAAAAAUGAAUGUCGGAGUGAUGGAGGAGGCUAUUGGCUACCUGGAGCAGCAGCUGGCUACUCUGCAGCAGCUGAGUGGAAACGAAGCAGUGAUGGACCGAGGAAGGGCAUAUGGAAACUUGGGAGACUGCUAUGAGGCUCUAGGAGAUUUUGAGGAGGCCAUCAAGUACUAUGACCAAUAUUUAUCAGUGGCACAGAGUCUAAAUCGCAUGCAAGACCAGGAGAAAGCCUACAGAGGCCUAGGCAGUGGGCACAGGGCCAUGGGAAACCUUCAGCAGUCACUGGUGUGUUUUGAAAAGCGACUUGUUGUGGCACAUGAGUUAGGUGAAUGUGGAGGCAAGGCUCAGGCCUAUGGCGAGCUUGGUGCGCUCCACAGCCAAUUAGGCAAUUACGAGCAGGCCAUUUCCUGCCUGGAGCGCCAACUGGCCAUCGCCCGUGACACCCAGGACAGACUACUGGAGGGUGAUGCCAGCUGUGGUUUGGGAGCUGUGUACCAAGCUAUGGGAGAGUACGAGACAGCCCUACGAUGCCACCAAAGUGACCUGGACAUUGCAGAAGAAGCAGGCAGCACCACACGACAGGCUCGGGCUUAUGGGAAUCUGGGCCUUACCUAUGAGUCACUUGGAAACUACGAGCGAGCGGUUGUGUUUCAAGAACAGCACCUGAGUGUGGCAGCUCAGACUAAUGACUUGGCUGCCAAGACACUGGCCUAUGGCAGCCUGGGGAGAACACACCAUGCUCUGCAGAACUACUCACAAGCUGUCAUGUACCUGCAGGAAGGCCUGCGGCUUGCAGAGCAGCUGGCCCGGCGUGAGGACGAGGCGAAGAUCCGCCAUCGUCUGGGGCUCUCCCUGUGGGCCAGCGGGAAUCUGGAGGAGGCCCAACAUCAGCUCUACCGGGCAUCCGCACUGUUUGAGACCAUCCGGCAUGAAGCCCAGCACAGCACAGACUACAAACUCUCUCUGUUUGACCUGCAAACCUCCUGCUACCAGGCUCUCCAGCGGGUCCUUGUCAGCCUUGGUCACCAUGAUGAAGCUCUGGCAGUGGCAGAACGGGGUCGCACACGAGCCUUCGCAGAUCUGUUGGUGGAGAGACAGACGGGUCAGCAGGACACUGACCCCUACACACCAGUAACAGUGGAGCACAUCUUGGACACGGUGAACAGCCAGAGGGCAUUAGUGUUGUAUUUCUCAAUGGCUGCAGGAUACCUGUACAGCUGGCUGCUGGCUCCAGGGGCAGGAAUCCUGAAGUUUCAUGAAGUUUACUUGGGCGAAGGCUUGUCAGAAGGAGGCUCGGACUUCCAGGAAGGAGGCGGAAGUGGAAUGGUCAGCAGCUCCUCGCUGGAGCAGCACAUCGCCAGCGCUCGCGAGGCUCUGGGGGUGGAGUCUUAUUACAGCAGAGGGUGUUCGAGCAGUGAGACGGAGAGCGAGGCAGGAGAUCUGUUGGACCAGCAAUUUGAGGAACUCAACAAUAAGCUUAACUCAGUCACAGAUCCAACAGGCUUCCUGCGCAUGGUGUCCAGAAACAACUUGUUCAACAGGAGCUGCCAGAGUAUGACCAGCCUGUUCAGUAACACCAUGUCUCCAGCCAAAGAUGGUAACUCUUCUCUGCCUCGUCGCUCCAGCAGCCUUGGCAAACCUCCCCUUCGGGCGCUGUAUGAUUUACUCAUCGCACCCAUGGAGGGGGGCCUGAUGCACUCCAGUGGGCCUGUUGGCAGACACAGACAGUUGGUGAUGGUGCUGGAAGGAGAGCUGUACCUCAUCCCCUUUGCCUUGCUAAAAGGAAGCUCCUCCAAUGAAUACCUUUACGAGCGUUUCAGCCUCAUUGCCGUGCCCUCCAUCCAUGGCCUUGGAUCCAGUUCAAAGACCCACUCUCGGCGUCCUGGACCAGCUCCAAGUGGUGGAGUCUCCAUGGCAGCAGUGGUAGGAAAUCCUAAACUGCCUUCACCUGUGAUGGACCGCUGGCUUUGGGGCCCGAUGCCCACCGCAGAGGAGGAAGCUCUAAUGGUUGCUGAACUGCUGGGGUGCCACCCUUUGACCAGCUCAUCUGCCACCAAGGAGAGAGUAAUGAGUGCCCUCACACAAGCUGAAUGUGCACACUUUGCCACCCACAUUUCUUGGAAACUGGCAGCUCUGGUGCUCUCCCCAAACCCCGAGGGUGUCCCUGGAGGAGCCGGAGCCAGCAGGAAGGGUUCCACUGGAAGUGGCUACACCAUCCCAGAGUCUCUCCACAUGCAGGAUGACAGCAGUGAUGUUGAGAGCAUCUGUGACAGUCCACCUCUUCAGGAGUUCCUGCUUACAGCUGCAGACAUAUUGGACCUGAGGCUGCCUGUCAAGCUGGUGGUACUGGGGUCAUACCAAGAGUCCAGCAGUAAGGUCACAGCAGACGGUGUUGUGGGACUAACCAGAGCCUUCCUGGCUGCUGGUGCGCACUGUGUUCUUGUGUCCUUGUGGCCUGUACCUGUUGCAGCCUCCAAGGUUUUUGUCCAUGCCUUCUACUCUGCCUUGCUCAAUGGGACCAAGGCUAGUGCAGCACUCGCCGAUGCCAUGAAAACCGUCCAGAGCAGCAAACAGUACUCCCACCCUUCCAACUGGGCAGGAUACAUGCUGAUUGGCAACGAUGUGAAGCUGAACAGCCCGUCCUCUCUAAUUGGCCAAGCCUUGGCUGAGAUUCUGCAGUAUCCAGAUCGAGCUCGUGAUGCACUGAGGGUUUUACUUCACCUGGUGGAGAAGUCUCUUCAGAGGAUCCAGAAUGGACAACGUAAUUCCAUGUACACAUCUCAGCAGAGUGUGGAGAACAAGGUGGGGGGUGUCCCUGGCUGGCAGGCCCUUCUGACAGCUGUGGGCUUCCGCCUGGAUUCUGCAGGCACCGGUAUCCCUGCUGCUGUCUUCUUUCCCACUGCUGACCCUGGAGACAGGCUCCAGCAAUGCAGUACCACCUUACAGUCACUGUUAGGUCUGCCACCACAAGCUCUCCAAGCGUUGUGCAAACUCAUCACAGCUUCAGAAGCAGGAGAGCAGCUCAUCAACCGGGCUGUUAAAAAUAUGGUGGCCAUGCUCCACCAGGUGCUAGUUCAACUCCAGACAGGAGAAAAAGAACAGGACUUCUCCCUCCUUCCUAUUCAGGUGUCCAUCAGUGUGCAGCUAUGGAGACUGCCAGGAUGCCACGAGUUUCUGGCUGCUCUUGGAUUUGACUUAUGUGAGGUAGGCCAAGAGGAAGUGGUGCUGAAGACAGGCAAGCUGGCCAACCGUCGCACUUUACACUUUGCUCUCCAGUCUCUGCUGGCGCUCUUUGACUCUACAGAACUGCCCAAGCGUCUGAGUCUAGACAGCUCAUCUUCCCUUGAGUCUUUAGCGUCAGCACAGUCUGUGUCCAACCCAUUGCCCACAGGAUACUCAAGCCUUCCCUUUUCUCCUCCUUACUUGGACAAUCAAGCAUCAGAUGCUAUAUCUGUCUACAGCCUCAGCUCUGUAACCUCAUCCAUGAGCUUUGCUUCUAAAUCGGAUUGCGAUUUUCUUGGUCAUCGUCAACGCAGUGGUGCCACGGCACACUAUUCUAUUCACAAGCACCCUCAUGUUCCCCGUAGUCGCUCGUCUCCUCAUGGGGCAGCUGCUGCGGGGUCUGGAGCACGGGGGGAUGAAGAAGAAUAUGAGGGCUUUUCCAUUAUCAGCAGUGAACCACUGGGAAGUCAUUGUGACUCUCUGCCUUUACCACCAGGCCACAGCCAGCGACACCAUCGUGGAGGCCGAGGAGUUAGUGGGUCCACAGGAGCAGGGAGAGGCUACACUGUCUCAGUUUCAUCAAGAGGCAGUGUCAGUACCCCCACAUCGCCAGUCAAAACAUCUCUGGUACCCAGCCCAAACUCACCGUUUCAGAAGGUGGGUAAGGUGAGCAGCUCAGAUACAGGUGAAUCUGACCAGUCCAGUACUGAGACAGAUAGUACUGUCAAGUCUCAGGAAGAAAAAACUGUCAAUCUUGAUCCUCAAGAGCUGGCCCAGAAGAUUCUGGAGGAGACUCACAGUCAUUUACGUGCUGUGAGCAGCCUUCAGCGGGCUGGAGCAGAGGGUGGGACAAGUGCGGUAACCACAGCUCGAAGCAGCGCAUUCCGUUCUUCUGAAACCAGCGCAUUUAGCCGUCCUAACAGCAGUGCUAGUGGCCGAGCUCAGUCUUCCCCAAGACCCAAACCUCCCUCUCGUUCAUCUUCCCUGCAGAAGAUAAGCUCUGGAUACAACAGUCCUGCAGUCUCUGAGUCUUCCCAAAAAGAGGGCAGCCAUCCUUCCCCCACUCUGGACAGCAACGCACAGUUCAAAUUGAAGUAUCCAAGCUCUCCUUACAGUGGCCACAUUUCUCAUUCCCCAAGUAAUGUGUCUCCCAGUUCUGGUCACCAGUCACCAUCUGGGAGUGCUCCAUCUCCUGCUCUGUCCUACUCCUCCACAGGUUCUACAUGUUCUACAUCUGCUGACGUGGCAGAUUUGGACAGGCUGAGAAGAGGGGUGAUUGAUGAAAAGGUCCAAGCUAUCCACAAUCUGAAGACCUUUUGGGCUAACGCUGCAGCUCAGCAACAGCAUCAUCUGGGUCCCGUCAAAGCCAUUCACAGCACUGCUGGACCUAUUGCUUCUGCUGGCAGAGAUGUGUUGAGCCUUCUAAACCUUUCUCCAAGGCACUGCUCUCCUAAUGAUGGCCAAGACAGUCUGGAGUUGCGAGAACUGGGACUAGAUAGUAGCAAGAACUCCUCCAAUGGUCACCACUAUUCCAACCCUAGAAAAGUUGCCCCAUCGCCUACUAUUUCCACAAGCAGUAGCCCUGGUGCUCGUUCUAUUCGACUACCUGCUGGCAACGGAUACAAAUUCCUGUCACCUGGAAGAUUUUUUCCUUCUUCUAAAUGCUGAAAUGUUCAAAUGAUCAUUUGUCUAUAU